CGCGCAUAUAGCGGCGCCCGCCGCGCCCCGCCCCGCACUCGGCGGCGACCACUGAGCAGACCUUACUUUGCUGGCUCGCAACUCGCUCCGCUUCCUCUGCAGCCAUGUCUGACAAACCCGAUAUGGCUGAGAUUGAGAAAUUCGAUAAGUCGAAACUGAAGAAAACAGAAACGAGAGAGAAAAAUCCACUGCCUUCACAAGAAACGAUUGAACAGGAGAAGCAAGCGGGCGAGUCACAAUGAGGCGCGCGCCGCCAGUACGCACUGUACAUUCCACGAGCAUUGCCUUCUUAUUUUACUUCUUUUAGCUGUUUAACUUUGUAAGAUGCAAAGAGGUUGGAUCAAGUUUAAAUGACUGUGCUGUCCCUUUUCACAUCAAAGAAUGGAGAACUACUGACAACGAAGGCCGCGCCUGCCUCCUACCCGCCUGUCUGGCUGGCAGGGAAGGAAAAGAACUUGCAUGUUGGUGAAGGAAGGAGGCUGGGUGGGACGACAGGGAAAUCUAGAGUAAAGAGCAAGCUGGUCCAAGGUGUCCUGCGGGCUGUAAAAUGAAGUUUAAUCAGAGUGCCAUUUUUUGUUGUUGUUGUUGUUCAAAUGAUUUUAAUUAUUGGAAUGCACAAGUUUUUAAUAUGCAAAUAAAGUUUUAAAAC